AUGUCAAAGUCGACGCACACCAAACUUCUCAUUGUCAGGUUUGACCAUGGCAUCCUCCCUGCCCCAGCAAGCGCACCAGCCCUCCUCUACCUGGCAGUUGCAAAGGGAGAUACACUCCUAGCAACACAUGCAAACGGCACUCAAAAUGCAUCAAACAUUGCCACCUCGAUCCUCAACAAGCUAGACAGAACCACCGAUGCCAAGCAGACAUUCGUGCACAAGAACUACGCUAUCCACGUCUUGCAUAUUGCUCAACCUUUUCCGCCAUCUGCGCGCACAAGCCAGUCGACAGGCGCCAGUGCAGGCCUGACCUUCCUGGCCAUGGCGACGGAAUCGCUUGGACGGCGCAUACCGUUUGCUUGUCUGCUCGAUAUGAAGCGCCAAUUCCUAGAGACCUACAGUCAAGCUGAAGUAUCCACAGCCGGUAGCUAUGAGUUCAAGGCAUUCGAUACCACACUUGCAGAACUUGCGCAACAGUGGACGCAGGAACAAUCACAAGGCGGUGCAGGCGUUGCGCGUGAAGUACAAAGAGAUCUUGAUGCCGUGAAGCAGGUCAUGACGCAGAAUAUCGAGCGUGUCUUGGAGCGCGGCGAGCGGAUUGACUUGUUGGUGGUUAAGACGGCUGUGUUGAAUGCAUCGAGUGUUGCAUUUCGCAAGAAGAGUACGAUUGUCAAGAGGCAGAUGGGGUGGCAGAAUAUCAGGACAACGGCACUUGUUGCUCUGGUGCUGCUGGUGCUAGUAUAUUUGUUGAUUGGCACAGGGUGUGGCCUACCUGGCUGGCAUCGAUGUCUCUGA